AUGGCAGCCGAGGGGGUGCCGCUGUGCAGACUUCUCAGGGUCAACGAGGAUGGAUCACGUGACGUGGAGCUGACCAGACCCCAGUCGGAACCGCUCGGUAUAUUUUUCAGCAAAGGUCGCGAAACGAAAAAAGACGGUAAGCAGUUUUGAAUGCUACAGGGAUAAUCUGAUCCAUCACGCUCAUCUAAAUGUUUGGGAUGGGUUUGUACGGUCACUGGCUUGAAACUUAAAACACCAAUGCAACUCUAAAUCACCUCUUUCAAUCAACUAAUGAUUGCUUCAAACCAUCCAAUCACAGCUCUAAGUCUCCCAAUCAUUAGAUUAAAUCAAUAAAUCAAUCAAUGCUUUCGAUUGCCAUUCAUAAUAUUUACUAAUCCAAUCACAGUGGUUAUUUUGCGAGUAAGAAAAUAGCCUCCAAAGUUUUUCAACCUUAAAUUAUCCGCUCACGGUGAUUUUCAGCCUUAUCUUACACCCCCCUCCUCUUUUUUUUUCGGGCUGCUGGGCGGCCUCUUAUAUUUAAAGGGCCCAAAGUUGUGAUGCGAAAAAUAUUAACUACCAAGUUUGAAUACUAAAAGAAAAGGUGGGGGCAAGACACGUAACCGAAAUAUGGCAUAAGUCAAGUGACGGCAUUGUUUCCCCUCAGAAGACUCACCAUUAUUGCACCUACUUGUAAACGAUAACUCUGAUUUUUUUGUGCUCACAAACGCUGACCAAUGGUCCACCUCCCCUACCCCCGCGUGCUCAUCUCCCAGGUCUGGUGGUCAAGUCGUUCCUGGACAAACACGCCAAGAAAUUAUUCGCCGGAAUACUCCGCGUCGGAGACGAGAUCGUGGAGAUCGACGAGUCUGACAUCUGCCCUUUGACCCUGGACGAGGUCAAGGACAUCAUUCAACAGAAAGAGCGGAUGGUCAUCAAGCUAUGCCCCCUU